AUGGAUCCCUUACCCAAUUUGACGGUUGGGACUGAGGAUACGAUAAAUACAGAGACCGACUCAAUCCAAUCCCCCGAACCAUCACGUUCAACUCAGCCCGCCCCAAUACGUCCCUCAGAAGAGCUAGAACAUGCAUAUUGGGCAGAGUACGAAGAGGACACAACGGUACCAGAUGAGGAUGAGAUGAAAGAGAUCGACGGUGGUGACUCGGAUUACAGUGCCAGUGAUCACAAGUAUUGGGAAACAAACUUCUUUCGGGAUUUGGGAGAUCCCGAAUACAUUCCCACCGAAAAGGCCCGCCUGACGUGGACCUUAAAGGGUGUUCGGGGCACCCCCGAGAACCCCAAUCGGGACAAAGUCAUUCGCUCCCCGCCAGCAUUUGUUGGAGGGUAUUGGUGGCGAAUCAAGUUCUACCCUCGGGGGAACAAUGUCAAUGCAUUGAGCGUCUACCUCGAAUGCUCGGCCACAAUGCCCGCUCCAGAGGGCAAGCUUCCUGGAAUGGAAUUUACAGUCCGUCGAGGCGCAGCCGAUGCUUCACUGGAUGAUAGCACGCCGGAUAUCCAAAUAAAGACUACAGCUACAGACGACGCGGCAGCAUGGUUUGAGAACUACAUUUCUCGAUAUCCUGCGGCCAACAACAACCCCCAAUCUGAUCAUGGAACCUCGGAUUCUUGGCGUGUGCCCGCACAGGUCGGUGUCAUUGUAUACAACCCACAAGAGCCACGCACUGGGUGGAUGCAGUCUUCUUGUCAUCAAUUCAACACUCACAACCUGGACUGGGGGUGGACAUAUUUCCACGGCCCAUGGGACCAAAUCCAUUCACGCCGGCGGGGUCAACAUCGUGCCCUCUUGAACGACGACACGCUCUCGUUUGACGCGUACAUUCGUGUAGUGAAUGACCCCACCAAGUCACUCUGGUGGCACCCAAGCGAUUCCGAGCCAACUUGGGACAGUAUGGCCUUGACCGGUUAUCGACCUCUGGGUGACUCGAUCAUCAAUCAUAGCCCAGAGGUAGCUGGGCUUGCCUCGUGGCUGCACGUUGCCCCAUUCUGCAAGAUCAUUCAAAGUAUUAACGUACUUGAACAUCUCACCAAUGCCGAUGCUAGGCCAAAGCCUCUAUGUGACGCUCUUCAAAGGCUUCUGUGGCAGCUUCGCCGCCGGACACUCUCCCCGAGCUAUGUCGAUACGGACGUCGUGACUACCACUCUGCGCAAUCUGCACGAGUUUUCGAGCGAUGUGUCCGAAUUCUGGGAGCGCCUGCGUCGCACCUUGGAGCUGGAACUGAAAGGAACGGAGGCCGGUAAACAAUUCGCUCACCUCUUUGACAGUCCGGUUGUACAUGGUCUAUCUUCUGAUGGCGAAGCCGCCGUGAACAUGCUGCCGACUGAGUUCAACUCGCGUAUUUACGUGCCAGUUGAUCAAGCCAAGUCUACCUCCGAAGCUGUUAGUGGAUACUUGAGUGCUAAGCCCGGUCGUUGGUCGCUUCCACCACUUCUUCAUGUUGAGCUCGGCCGCCAUACUCUGGACAAGGCCAAACGCUGGCAGCUGCGGUAUGACAAAGUGGAUAUGGAGGAGGAGCUGGAUCUGACUCCCUGGGUGGUUGAUGGGCAGGGUAGCAAGUAUGUCCUUUAUGGCUAUAUUGUUCAUCGUGGCCGCCGCACCUCGGGCAAGUUCUUUAGCAUCCUUCGCCCAGCGGGUCCGGGUACUACAUGGCUGGCUUUUGACGAUGGCAGUGACAACCGCGUGGAGUGUUUGACUCAAAAAACAGCCAUGGGCCCACACCUUGGUCUUGAUCCUUCCCAGACUGUAGAUCACAAGAAGGGUCAUGACGUACCUGUCGUGGCAAUGUAUAUCCGUGGUGAUAUGAUAUCGGAGCUUUUGCCUGGUCCCCAAGAACCUUGGGAAGUUCCCGAGACCCUGAAACAAUACUAUGAAACAGGCGUGUAUCACACUGGUGGCAAGCCUGCGGAUGAUGUCCAGGUUGAGGUUUAUGCGCUUCCCCAAUAUGACCAGCUGACCAGCCUAUUUGACGCCUACGAUCUCAUGGCGCAGGCCAAAGCGGCAAAUAGUGUCAUGUACAUCACUCUGCCCCGCUCAUCACGCUUAGUGGAACUACGCAAAAGGAUUGCUAUAUGGAAGUCCUCGGGCUCCGAACCUAUUGGUCCCGAGCGGGUUCGUUUCUGGCAGAUUGGUAAUUCCUUUGCUCAAUCUGGAUCAUCGUUGGCGUUUGAUCGCACUACAGAUCUGAAUGUUCCGCUGGACCCUUCGUUGAGCACCAUACGGUUCUGGAUGGAAACCAUCUCGGAAGAGGAUGCUCAAUUCUUCGCCAUCCCAGAUCCCCCUGCGGUUACCACUUCGGAAGAUAAGCCUGAUGAACUUGUCGUCGAGGACUUGGUACACGGAGCUUCUGAAAAUGUGGCAUCUGUGGGCGAAGGAGAUGCUGUGGCUAGCUCAUCAGGAAAUGCUCCCCAUGAGAGACCUGUUGCUUUAGAUAUCGUCAACUCGAUUGUCGAUGACGCAUCACCGCCUCCAUUGCCCACAUUGUCUCCAGAGAAUGAUGCUUUUGCCACUGAACGGGCAGAACAGGAAGUGGUACUAGCUGCUAUCGCUGCCCAUGAUCAACAAGCCACGGCUGCUGUUACGGUAACUCCAUCAACAGAGGCCACAAGCUCCGCUCCCAUAUCACCUUCCGCAGCAGAAGUUCAACCUCGACCACAAACUCAACCUGAGGUUAAGUUACCUGUUGGCCAUACAUACUACUUUAUUCAAAUCUUCGACGUAGACCGUCAAGUUCUUCGUACCGUGGGAUCAUUCUUCUCCAAGCUUGAUGCCAACGUCAAAGCGUCCAUCCGACGCCACUUACAGCGGCCUCUUCGUCAAGACUUCCUCAUGUGGAAGCGAGUUGAUGGGGCUGCCGUUACCACCGUGUCGCCUGCUGACAGCUUCGAUGAUGUGGUGGCUCCGCACGGAGCAUGUUUCAUCGUCGGGGAUAAGUUGACCAAGGAGAAGCGUACUCAAAUUGCAUCAUCAGGAUUGUUCACUGGUCCUGACCGUCUAAUUCAGUACCUGUGGGCCGAUUCUCGCGGUCAUCCAAUCCAAGGUUUCACCGGCACUAAGACCAUCGAAGCCACCUUCACAACCGACUACUACAGUGGUUGCUUCCUCAAAGGUUACCACCAUGGUAGAGGCAAGCACAUCUCGAGCACAGGCAUGGCAUACGAAGGCGAAUUCAUCUUUGGCCGGCGUCACGGCCAAGGCAAGCUAACUUACCCCACCGGCGACUCAUACGACGGUGAUUGGGCUGAAGAUGUAUGCCAUGGACAAGGUACUUACAUUGAAAAAACGACAGGCAACAAGUAUGUCGGCGGUUUCAAAGAUGGCAAACGCCACGGCAAGGGCAUCAGCUACUGGGAGGUGGCUGAUGCAGAGUUGGACCUAUGCCAAAUCUGCUACACCGAGGAAAUGGAUGCAGUCUUCGCCGAGUGUGGUCACCUUUGUUCCUGUGUGACUUGUGCGAACCUCGUGAAUCUGUGUCCCAUAUGUCGCAAAGAGGUCAAGAAGGUGAUUAAGAUUUAUCGGGUAUAG